AUGAUGUCUAAUUGGUAUCCGGAGAGCUCGGCGUGUGGUUCGCAAAACUUUAAGUUACGACUUUCUGAAGAUUCUACUGAAAGUACCGAAGACUCUUCUCCGCAACGUUUUGUUGCAAACAAGACGAAAGAUGAGGAUGAUGUUAUUGUGAUCAGUGACUCCAGUUACAGCUUGUCUCCUGAACGUCCUUACAAAUCAAAAUGGGAAUCUAAUUCUAAUGUUAAAAGUAAGGAACACCAAAAAUUAUAUUUCUUGGAUAUUUCUUCCAAGAAUGAACAAGAAAAGGAACCUGAUUUAUUAUGGAAUUGUAUCAGAGCUGAUGAUAAAUUUUCAAAGGAAAAGUCUGCAAGUAAAAUUAUUACACAAGUUAAUAAGGCACUUACUGAGUCAUCAUUAAUUUCCAACGAUAUCUCAACUGCUGAUAGAUUAUUUAAUGCUUUACUAACUUCUGAUUCUUUAACUAAUGACAAAACCACUGUCAGCAGUGGUGUGAGCGAUGAUAGAGAUCAAGUAAAUAAAUCUAAAAAAUUCUUUAAAUCUAAGAAACACGUUGAUUACAGAAGUCCUACAUUAAGUACACAACAAGAAAUAAAUUCGAAAUUAAGAAAAAAAUAUAACACUGAAAAGACAAAUAAAGUAACUAAAUUGAGCUAUAAUGUACAUAAUGGCAGUCCCAAUGUUCUUUGUAAACAUCCAAUUUAUAGUACUCCAAAGCAAAUUAGUACAGGAAAAGUCAAACUUACAAAGAAAGACACAUAUAAAAUUUUAAAUAAUAUAAAGCGCACGCAAGUCAUGUAUGAUUCUCCUAGGGAGAGCAAAAAGAAUAAUGUAAUAAUUGAUGAGAGUACAGAUAUAGAUGAAGAUGCAGUGCAUCCAGCUAUAUCACCUAGUUAUAAUAGAAAAGUACAGCAUCCUGGUGAUAAUUCUGAUGUUAUUGAUAGCAGUUUAAAGAAUGAUAUUUCACGAACAGAUUUACCUGAACCAUCCAAGUCACACAUCGACAUAUCAAGGGUAAUGAAUUCCUAUAGACCUCUGUCUGAAAGGAGACAAAAACAAAUCAAGGAAUGGCUUUCGACAAAUUUUUCUGAUUCUCACAAUCAGAGUGAUUGCUCUUUCAAUACCGUACCCCCAAGUACUAGAAACAGUAAUUCUGCAAACAACAGUCUAGAAAGAUUGGAGCAGAACUAUGAAACUCCAAACAACAGAGGAAAAAUUAACAAAACGCAAACUGACGGGAAGCAAAAGACAAUAGUAAAUUCUGACAAAAUGGUCCAUUCAUUCUUGAAGGGACAAACUACAAUGGACCAAUAUUUUAAAAAAUCUAAGAAUAAUUCUAAACUCUACACACCAGACAAUAAACCAAGGCUUUUACCAAAAGCGCAAACUGAGAAGAAAGCUUCCUCGGUAAAUACAUGUGCAAGUAAGACUGUAAUGAACUGUGCUAAUAUUUUAGAUAAAGUGUAUGGUACAUCAUGGAGAGAUAAAGCUAAUGCAUUACUUUCAACAACUAAAUCACGAAAACCAUCUGAUCAACCAAUAAAUAAAAUUAUCCAAACAGAACGGAAACCUGUAUCAAGGAAUCAGCAUUGUACAAUAAUUUCGGAUUCGGAUAAAUCUGACUCGAUUGAAAAUAACAUUAAACCAAAUCGAGGAAGGAAUAUUCAACGAAAACAAAAAGAAAUGGAUGAUUUUAUCAAUGAUGAAUCAUUAUCAAGUAAUGAUAGUGGAAGUAUAUAUCACAGUGCAGUAACAAAUCCUAUAAAUCCUAUUUUUACAAGUAGCACAACCAAAUCCAUACCAGCAUCAAUUAAACGACUUCAGACUAUAUGUGAUACGGAUACUGAAGAUGAAGAUGAUGAAUCCAGAAGAAUAAAAAAUGUGCAGAGAACAUUGUCAUUUAGUGAUGAUGAAAGUUCUAAUACGAGCGAAUUUGAUCCUGGAGAUUAUAUACCACCGAAACACGUACGUGAUAAAGAAGUUGCCAAAAGACAAUUACCAUCUAAAGUAGCACCUAAAUUUGAAUCAACUGUGACUAAGUCUGUAUCAAGAUACAAAACCUUUUUAGCAUCUUUAUCAAAUACGAUUCCAAUGUUUGAAGCUCAUCCGAAUACAAAAAAAUAUAGAUUGGAUUACAAAAACAAUAAAGAAGAAUUAUGUAAAAAAUUGUAUCAACUGUAUAAUGAGAAAGUGUUUGAUAAUAAGUUACCGCAAGAUAUGUCGAUUGAAUGGAACGUUCGUAUGAGAGGAACUGCUGGAUAUUGUUAUAACCGAAAGUUUAUGAAAGGUAUUAGUGGUACUAUUAAUAAAUCUUCAAGGAUUGUAUUAGCAACAAAGAUUUUAGACACGCCAGAUAGACUAAGAGAUACUUUGAUCCAUGAAAUGUGCCAUGCUGCUUGCUGGAUAAUAGAUAAUGUCUCAGAUGGUCAUGGAGUUUUUUGGACAAGAUGGGCUACUAAAGCAAUAAAAACGUUUCCUGAAUUGCCACCAAUUCGCCGAUGUCAUAAUUACGAAAUUAAAACUAAAUACACGUACAAAUGCACAAAUUGUGGAUACAGUAUUGGAAGGCAUUCAAAGUCCUUGGAUAUUGAGAAAAAGCGAUGUGGCUAUUGUUAUGGAAAAUUUGAAUUGUUAAUUAACAAAAUAACGAAAUCUGGUACUACCGUGCAAGUGCAGACACCGAAAAGAGAACCCACUGGUUUCGCGCUUUAUGUAAAGCAGAAUUAUAACUCAGUGAAAAAGGAGAAAAAUAAUAUGAAACAUGCUGACGUAAUGAAGCUUUUAGGUCAGCAAUUUUCAGCAAUUAAAAUAGCAAAGAAAAAUGACGUAGCUAGUAAUUAAAAAUG